AUGGAUCCCGAGCCCGCGGCGGCGGCGCGCGUGCGCGACUCUAUGGCGCAGGCGCAUGGCGUUGCCGCAGCGUGGGGCGGGGGGAGAGGGGCUGGAGGGAAGAGGGUGUUUGUCCCAGGUCCCUACCAGGUGCCCGUAGACGUCGGCAGGCUGGAGGUAGAAGGUGGAGUUGAGCAGCUCUUCCAGCCUGCGCGGGACGUCGUUCUCCCGGUAGUACUCCAUCGCCUGCUGCUUCAGCCUCUGCAGCUCCCUAGUGGUCCCACAGCUACGGCCGCCGCCGCCUUCUCCCAUGAAACAGCCCCCACGUCUGCAUAUUCCUCUCCAGCCCGGAGUCUGGGGGACACAGGAAUCACGCCGCUGUCCCCUUCCCAUAUCGUGAAUGAUGCUGACCCGAACGUCUCAGAGCAGCAGAUGUUUCUGGUGGUGGUGGCCAUUGACUUUGGAACCACGUCCAGUGGCUAUGCCUACAGCUUCACCAAGGAGCCAGAAUGUAUCCACGUGAUGAGGCGAUGGGAAGGGGGCGACCCUGGGGUGUCCAACCAGAAGACUCCGACCACUAUCUUGUUGACUCCGGAGAGGAAAUUCCACAGCUUUGGGUAUGCCGCCAGGGACUUCUACCAUGAUCUGGAUCCCAACGAGGCCAAGCAGUGGCUAUACCUGGAGAAGUUCAAGAUGAAGCUGCAUACCACGGGGGACCUCACCAUGGAUACAGACCUAACGGCAGCAAACGGCAAGAAAAUCAAAGCCCUUGAAAUCUUCGCGUACGCCCUGCAAUACUUCAAGGAGCAGGCGCUGAAGGAGCUGAGUGACCAGGCGGGGUCGGAGUUCGAGAACUCUGAUGUCAGAUGGGUCAUCACAGUGCCUGCCAUUUGGAAACAGCCCGCCAAGCAGUUCAUGAGACAAGCUGCCUAUCAGGCAGGCCUGGCCUCCCCCGAGACCGCCGAGCAGCUCAUCAUUGCCUUGGAGCCCGAGGCGGCCUCCAUCUACUGCCGGAAGCUGCGGCUGCACCAGAUGAUCGAGCUGAGCAGCAAGGCCGCGGUCAACGGGUACAGCUCCGGUGACACAGUGGGAGCUGGGUUUGCACAGGGUACCUCCUGCUCUCUCUCUCCCCUCCCUGCUCGCUCCCCUCCCAGCCCUGCAUGGUUCUUGGCCCUGAUUACUGAAAGAUCCUUAGCACCGUAAUGAAGAAUCAAGAUGCCCCCAGAGAGGUCAGCUGUAAGCACCUCUGUCCUUGGCCCCUCGACCUGGCCUCCCCAGGGCCCCUCAGAGACUCUGCAGUAGUUACCCCGGGGUCAUCACCUGCCCGCCCGUGUGCCUUGGGCUGGGGGAGGGUGCUUCUCUCUAAGUACCUGACAGUGGCCCUGAGAGCAGCUCUUGGCCUUACAUUUUACUAGGCUCUUAAUUUUUCUUGUUCAUUAACUGAUUCUUAAUCUAAUCCCACUUGCCUGUUAUUAAUUCCUCCAUUAAGAUUGUUGAUUUACUGCUGACUCACUCACUGGGGCCGCUUUGUGUGUGGUUAGCUCAUUAUGUGUCUUAGCCGUGAACCUGGCAGAGUUGAAAAUACAGAUGAACGGGGCUGAGUCUUCCUGACCCGGCUGAUGCGCAUUUAGCUGUGGGACAUAGUACUGCCUAGGG